UCCCCGGAUGUAGAGCAUCUUGUUUCACAACAAAGACAAAGUAAAAGACCAGAAGCUUUAGCUAUUCCAUGGCUGGCGCCGGGGUGACGGGUGUGCUGUCGAAGCUGGAAGAGGUGGCGUCCGCCGAGGCGACGGCGCUGCUUAAGGUAGACGACCAGGUCCGGGAGCUGCGCCGGCGGCUCGUGUACCUCCAGGCGUUCGUCCGUGGCGCCGACCAGCAGCGACGCGGCCGCGCCAGUGAGCUUCUGCUGCUGUGGGCACGGGAGACUCGGGAGGUGGCCUUCGAGGUGGAGGACGCCGUCGACGAGUUCCAUCUCAAGGUCGAGGCCUUCCAUCUGAAGCUCAAGUGGGGCCAAUCCUGGUACCAUUGGGCUCUCAAACUGCUAAACGGACUUGUCAUGCAGAUUAUGACAAGACAUCAGCUGUCGCGGGAGAUAACAAAGAUCAACGGAAGAAUCAAAGAAAUUAGCGAGAUCAAGGAAACUUAUAAAAUCGAAAGCUCUUCGUCUGAAAUAUGGAGUGCGUCAUCCAUGGACGCCGCCGAUGUUGACUGGGAUAUUGAAGCUGACAACGCGGUUGAGUUGAGGGAGAAAGAAUUUGCAACCCUCAAAGGGUACGUCCUUGACAAGGACAGUAAGAUAGUGCGUCGAGCAGUGAUCUCCAUCGUUGGACCAAGUGGCAUCGGGAAGACAACAUUGGCUAGGAAGCUGCACAAUGACCGUGGUGUCAGGGAACACUUCAAGGUGCAGGCCUGGAUAAGCCUUCCGGCUCGCAUCCGGUUCGAGAAGUACCUGGAGAUGAUGUACAGCCAGGUGAGCAGGCAGGUCCCUGCAGAGGACGUGCAUGGGGAUGUUCAGACCAAACUUGAACAGCUUCUGAAGAAACAUGAGUACUUAGUGGUGCUGGAUGGCUUGGUGGACAUGAGUGACUGGAACUCUUUGGUUCGGUUGCUGCCAGAUGGCAACCCCAAGAGCCGGAUCCUUCUGACCACGCAGCUGAACGUAAAGGAGAUUAGACCCAGCAUCAAGCAGAUCGCACCCAUUGUUCUGCAACCUCUUCUUGGCAGCACCAGCGCAAACAUUGAGAAGUUGCUGUGUCGACGAGGCUUUGGUGCUGGAUUAGCUGGUGUUCGUGCCCCCUGGAGAAGUAAGUACAGCAAGAGAGCUCUAGAGAUAUCGGCAGGCCUUCCAUUAGCCCUUGUUGUGCUCUGCGGCCUACUACGGACCAAGUUGUCUUAUGGUGAAUGGGAAGAAGUGUUUCAGCAGCUGCAGACGCCCAAGGGCCAGCCAGUGAGAUGCCUCUGGGCACUGGCCUUCGAAGACCUGCCGCACCACCUCAAGUCAUGCUUCCUGUACUUUGCAAUGGCAUCAGAUAACAUACUCCUAGAUCCAGACCGUCUGGUGCGCCUGUGGGUUGCCGAGGGAUUCAUCGCGCCGAAGAAGGGCAAAACCUUGGAGGAAGUCGGGCUGGGCUACCUCAAGGAACUGAUCUCGAGAGGUUUGGUACAGGCGCUGAAGGAUGGCAGGGGAGGCGGCAUCAAGUUUGUAGCUGUCCACAGCCUGCUCCAUGCCUUUGCAGAAUCUGAAGCCCAGGAGUCGGGCCUGUUCGAGAUGCACCACCACGCCCACAUCCUGAACCCACAUUCCGCGCGCCGCCUCGCCCUCCACAACUACGUCGACUCCUACGUCGACAUUCCCGAUCACUUCCCGAAACUUCGGUCCCUCUUCUGCGAUUUCUUCGAGGAGGACCAGCAGCAAGGCGGCAGCGGCGGCGAGCACCAACACGGCUGGGCAGAGUGGUUUCUACGAGCUUGUGGGAGCAGCAGUUCUGAGAGCCCAGCGACCAGACUGCAUGGCCUCAGCUUCAUCCGGGGCUCCCGGUUCCUCCGUGUCAUCGACCUCUACGGCAUGUUGCUUGCAAGGGUGCCUAACGAGAUGGGAGACAUGAUCCAUCUGAGGUACCUUGGCAUCAGAAACUGCAAGCUGGAGGCGCUCCCCUCGUCCAUCUCCAAGCUCGACAACCUCCAGACUCUGGACGUGCGGAGGACAGGGGUGCAACAUGUCACCGACGAGUUCUGGGAGAUCCAGGGGCUGCGCCACGUGCUCGCCGACGGGCUACGGCUGACCAGUUGUCCAGGCGUACGCCUGAGGCACCUGCAGACGCUCGUCGGCGCUGUGCCCACCGGCCACACAUGGGGUGCGAGGAGCUGCCCCCUGGACUCCAUGGUUUAUCUGCGGUCACUUGCUAUGAGCCUCGUCUGUGAGCGACACGUGCCUGCGCUAUCGCAGGCGCUCCAGAAGAUGGAACUCCUCGUGAGCCUCAGCUUGAGCGGGGAUCUCCUCCCGUCGGGCGUGUUCACGAGCCGCUGCUCACGCCGCCUCGAGGUCAUGGUGCUCGACGGGAGGCUCGAAGCCAAUCUCGGCGAUGACCCGUUCUUCUUGCCCAGCCUUGGCAUGCUCAGCCUCCGCAGAUUAGCCGUGAAGCAAGAUUUCAUCGACAAGGUGGCCACGCUGCCAAAUCUCACCGAGAUGGAGCUCCUGGAUGACUCCUACAGCGGGGUACAUUUGGUGUUCCCCGCGGAAGGGUUCCAGAGCCUCACCAGGCUGAAGCUGCUCAACUUGGCACAACUGGAGUUGGCGCUAGUACCCAACUCUACAGUCUUGACCCGGUGCGGCUGUCCCGUGCUCAAGGUGGAACACCCCCAACAAGUGGCUGCUCAUGAUCCUGCAGAUAAGCAGAUGCUUGUAAGACGUGAGUUAUACACCUCCUAUAAGAAUGAGAUGUUUUCAGGACAUCAAGAACCAGAAUUUGAAGAUGAGCUGCAAUACAUACAUCAAGAAAUCGAAGAAGUGGCUGUUGGUGAUGCUACGGAAGAUCAGAUGCUUGUAAGACAUGGGAUGCAUGUAAGACGUGGGACUGAAGGCUUGGAUGACAUGGAACACCUCCAUGGUUUUGCUGCUGGUGAUCCCGCGGAAGAUGAGAUGCUCGUAAGACGUGGGAUGGAAGGCUUGGAGGACAUGGAACAAUUCCAUGGUUUUGCCGCUGGUGAUCCCGCGGAAGAAGAGAUGAUCGUAAGAUGCGGGAUGGAAAGCUUCGAGGACAUGGAGCACCUCCAUGGUUUUACCGCUGGUGAUCCUGCCGAUGAUGAGAUGCUUGUAAGAUGGGGCAGAGAAGGCUUGGAGCGGACACGGAAGACGAAACACCUUCAACAAAUUGAUCUUCAUGAUCCUGCAGAAGAUUAGAUGCUUGUAACUUGUAAGACGUGAUAUAUCUUCUUUACAACUCCCUCCGUAUAUA